UGUCUGCGGGGUUUUCUACUCAGAACAGUUUCGGUCGUGAACGCAGACUCAUCUGCCUAAGGAAACGUUAAUCGCCGAGUCUCUAUAACGUUGAAAUUUAAUAACUCAACUGUGGAUUAAUAAGCUCAAAGCCCAAGAGCAGUGUUUGUGUGUGUGUGUGCGUGAAAAAAAGGAGUGUACAGUUAAGGAUAAUGAAUAAGAUUUGAAAAAAAAAGAACAAAACAAAAGCUCGUUGGUUUGGGGAAAGUGCCAUCUUCGAUAAUUCCAAGUUAAAAAUCAAAGACAAUACAACCCUACAAAAAUGGUCGAUACGGAAAUAGUCAUUACCAAUCCGACUGAGCCGGGCGCUAAGGCCAGUUUGAUUGUUGUCUCCAAUCGCUUGCCCUUUGUUUUGGUGCGAAAUGCCGCAACCGGAAAUCUGGAACGUAAAGCCAGUGCUGGAGGUUUGGUAACCGCUGUUUGUCCCGUCGUCAUACGAGGCCAUGGAUUAUGGGUUGGCUGGUCCGGUAUACAUUUAGAGGAUCCAAAUGAACCAAUUCCAGAGUCGAUACCCUCCGAUCAGACACCAACGGCUGGAUUGAAAUCUGAACAGGUGGUCUCCGUUAACAUCGAUCCCAAAAUCUUCGACAGUUACUACAAUGGUUGUUGCAAUAAGAUCUUCUGGCCUUUAUUCCAUUCAAUGCCUGGCAGAGCUACAUUUGGAGCCGACCAUUGGAAUGAUUACAUUACUGUGAAUAAACAUUUUGCCACUCGCACAAUUGAAGCUUUAGAAAAACGUCUGGCCAAGAAUAAUGGCCAUGACAAGAAUCCUCCGAUUGUCUGGAUUCAUGACUACCAUCUAAUGUUGGCUGCAAACUGGGUACGCGAACAGGCUGAAGAGAAAAAACUGCCUUGCCGUUUGGCCUUCUUUCUCCAUAUUCCCUUCCCACCAUGGGAUAUUUUCCGUUUGUUCCCCUGGUCCGAUGAAAUUCUGCAAGGCAUGUUGGGUUGUGAUCUUGUGGGCUUCCACAUACAGGAUUAUUGUCUGAACUUUGUCGAUUGUUGUCAACGUAACUUGGGCUGUCGUGUGGAUCGUAAUAAUCUUCUAGUGGAACAUGGUGGACGUACGGUACGCGUACGUCCUUUACCCAUUGGAAUACCCUAUGAACGUUUUGUGAAUUUGGCUCAGGAGGCCCCAAAUGUUUUGAAAGUGACUGAGCAGCAGCAGACAAUUCUUGGUGUAGAUCGUUUGGAUUACACCAAGGGUCUGGUGCACCGUUUAAUGGCAUUUGAGGUGCUCUUGGAAAAAUAUCCGCAACACAAGGAAAAAGUGUCACUACUACAGAUUUCGGUACCCUCACGAACUGAUGUCAAAGAGUAUCGCGAAUUAAAGGAAGAAGUAGAUCAACUGGUGGGACGCAUUAAUGGCCGUUUCACCACUGCCAACUGGGCUCCAAUUCGUUACAUCUAUGACUAUGUGGCGCAGGAUGAACUGGCCGCUUUGUACCGUGAUGCUGCGGUAUGUUUGGUUACACCCCUAAGAGAUGGCAUGAAUUUAGUGGCUAAGGAAUUUGUUGCCUGUCAAAUCAAUCCAGUACCAGGUGUUCUUAUAAUUUCUCCCUUUGCCGGAGCCGGAGAAAUGAUGCACGAGGCCUUGCUUAGCAAUCCCUAUGAAGUCCAUCAGGCAGCCGAAGUCAUACACAGAGCCUUAACAAUGCCCGAAGAUGAAAGAAUACUUCGCAUGAGUCGUUUGAGAAGACGAGAGUCGGAGUGUGAUGUUAGUCAUUGGAUGCGUUGUUUCCUUAAGGCAAUGGGAUCCAUUGAAAUGGAUGAUGUUGGCACAACAACAAUGCAACCAGUAACGGUUGAUGAUUUCGAUGAUUAUUUGCUCAAAUACAUUGGCUACAAUCACAAACUGGCCCUGUUAUUGGAUUACGAUGGUACUUUGGCACCCAUUGCACCUCAUCCAGAUCUGGCAACUUUGUCACCGGAAAUCAAAAAUGUUCUCUUCAAACUAUCAAAUCACUCGGAUGUCUAUGUGGCCAUCAUUUCGGGUCGUAAUGUCGAUAAUGUUAAGAAAAUGGUUGGCAUCGAAGGCAUUACCUAUGCUGGUAAUCAUGGCCUGGAAAUUUUACAUCCCGAUGGCAGCAAAUUUGUGCAUCCCAUGCCCAUUGCAUUUGAAAAAAAAGUCAGUCAAUUACUAAAGUCUCUACAGGAUACGGUAUGCCGAGAUGGCGCUUGGGUGGAAAACAAAGGUCCCUUAUUGACAUUCCAUUAUCGUGAGACUCCAAACCAUCUUCGCCCAGCCAUGAUAGAAAAAGCACGUACCCUUAUGUUAAAAUACGGUUUCAGAGCCACUGAAGCCCACUGUGCUUUGGAAGCUCGUCCGCCUGUGCAAUGGAAUAAGGGACGCGCCUCCAUCUAUAUACUGCGCACAUCAUUCGGUGUGGACUGGAGUGAACGCAUCAAAAUUAUUUAUGUGGGCGAUGAUUUGACCGAUGAAGAUGCCAUGGUUGCUCUCAAGGGUAUGGCCCGUACCUUCCGUGUAACCUCCUCCGACAUAGUGAAAACAGCUGCCGAUCAUCGUUUGCCCUCCACAGAUUCCGUGUACACCAUGUUGAAAUGGGUGGAACGUCACUUUAUGGGGCGCAAAGCUCGGGCAAACUCACUUACAUACCGCAACCCUCGCAUAGAUGGUGUACGCACACAGAUGUCUCUGGAGAUUGCCUCCAACUCGAAUAAUCUCGACGUUGAGCAUGUCUAAAGCACAGCACCAAAUAAGCAGCUUAUGAAAUAAGUAUUCAUUUCAAGGAUGAAUAAUGCCUAGAUUUGUACCUUAAUCUACUCGCCUUAUAAUGUUAACCGAUUAUUAUUUGCUUGUAUUACGCGAAAAGUUUUUCACUUUGCAUGAUUCUUGUUUUUAAGAAUAAGAGAAACCAAAAAACCUUCUUAAAUGAAAAUACAAAACAAAAUAAACCUCCUAAGAUUUGUAAUAAA